AUGUCAGAACCGAUCCCAGAAUCCAUUCCCACAAGUCAAGAUCCCCGAAGCAAACGCCCCACGAAACGACGAGCUCUUACCCCCCUUUCAGAGCAAGCCCAUGAAAUAAAAACGCUCUUCAAAGACCCCUCAAAGGAACUCAGGCUACCAGAACCAUCAAAACCAAAGACCCUCGCUCCACCACCGGAAAUAAUAGCGAAUGUCCAGGGAUCCUCUGCCGGAGCGGGAUCGGGAGAGUUCCAUGUCUACAAGGCUAGUAGAAGGCGGGAGUAUGAGAGGAUAAAGCUUAUGGAUGAAGAGUUGAAGAAGGAGAAGGACGAGAUUGAGUUCAAUAACGCUAGGGAAGAAGCUAGGCGAAAGGACGAGGAGAAGACGGAGAAGAAUAGGAGGAAGAGAGAGAAGAGGAAGAAAGGGAAAGGGAAGAAGGGGAAGAGUGGUGGUGGUGACGAGGACGGAGGAAAUGGUGCUGUGGAUGGGGCUGUCAAGGACGGCACGGCUGAUGGAGACGCUGCUGCGCCAGGGGUUAACGGAGAUGGACACGAAAACGGCGAAGUUUCUGGCGUCAUUAUACAUGACGAGGAAUGA